AAAGGUCGAACCAGACCGUGAGACGCUGAUGCACCAGAGGCAAAGCACAUUUGCACAUCUCCACCACUGUGAACAGAGAGCAUGGAGGAAGACCUAAAGAAGAGGCCCACGUCCAGGGGUCUGAGUACCCUGGAGAAGAGCCUGAUACUACUGUUUGUGGCUCUGACUGGCGCCUGCAUCGGACUGGUGGUCAUCUACUUCACUGACAAGAACAGCGUCUCCACUGAUGAAGAGGUCAAUUCAGGAUGCGGGGGUCCUCAGGCACUCAAGGGCCCGUCGGGGGAGUUCACCAGCAUGAAUCACCCCAGUAGCUACGACAACGGCAUGAGCUGCAGCUGGCACAUCACUGUGGACCCAGGCAUGGUGAUCCAUUUGUGGUUUGAACACUUCUCCCUGGAGGCAACAGACCUGUGCACAGCAGACUACUUUACAAUACAGGACAACCUGGGAGUCAUCGGGAGGUUGUGUGGGCGCUCCAAACCCGGGCCGAUAGUGUCAUUAGGAAACUCUAUGUUGUUGUUCUUUGACACCAAUGACAGAAAUACAGACAAGGGAUUCAAAGCGAAGUACCAAGCUGUGACACCAGAGAGUACUUUAGAAAUAGCCGGGGCUGGUGGCGCUCUCCAAGGCGACCGCGGAGAACUACUGACCCCUGGGUUCCCAGCACAGAACUAUGAGAACGGGGCUCUCUACCAGUGGAGGAUCACUGUACCAGAGGGAGAGAAGAUCAGACUGACGUUCUCCUCCUUCGACCUGGUCCCUGAGGCCUGUAGAGAUUACGUAGAUGUCUACGAUGGCCGCAAAACCGGCUCCGCCAUGUUGGGUCGAUUCUGUGGUAGUAAGAAUCCAGGCCGCGUGGAUUCCAGUGGCAACACGAUGGUGGUGCGUUUCAAAAGCGAUGCCACUCUCACCUCCAAGGGUUUCAGUGCCACAUUCACCAAGACCGGCCUACUCCCGACCACGGUCAAACCUACCUCCAUGAUGCCCACAACACUAGCUAUAACCGACUCAGGCUGCGGUGGUGUCGGAACACUGUUUGGCCGUAAAGGGGAGAUCCAUUCUAUGGGAUUCCCAGAUGCGUAUCCCGGGAAUCUUCACUGCUCCUGGAACAUCACAGCUCCGGAAGGCUUCCUGGUCAAACUGCACGUCACAGACAUGUCCGUCACGGGAGAAGCAGGCCAGUGUGGAGAAGACAAGCUUGUAGUUUCUGACAGCCUCCAGGCGCUUGGCACACACUGUGGCUACGUCCUUCCCCCUGUGGUGGUCAGUGCCAAUAACAAGAUGUCCCUGAGCUUCCUGUCCGACUCACGUCUCUCUGACCGAGGCUUCUCCGCCAAGUGGGAGGCCGUGUAUCCUGAGGACAUUGCCGCGAUCCAGGGAUGCGGAGGGGCCUCCCAUGAGUUAAAAGGGGUUAUUAAGUCUCAGAACUGGCCUAUGAACUACAAGGCGGCCAGCGAGUGCAUGUGGAGUGUGGAGGUGCCCAAAGGGAAGACCAUAACUCUGACGUUCACCCACUUCGACGUGGAAGCCAAGGACAUUUUCACUUCCAAAUGCUUGGAUAACAUGGUGGUGUACGACAUCUAUAAUGACGGAGCUGAGAGUACAAAACACAGUCCAUGGUGUGGUGACCAACUCCCAGCCACCAUCACAACUAAAGGCAACAAGUUGGUGAUGCGUUUCCAUACGGACUUCUUCGUGGAGGCUAAAGGUUUCAGAGCCUACUGGACUACAGACACCACCCAGCCUCCUGUUCCCACUGAGGCCCCUAUACAGCCUAACCCCUGGGACAACAUCACUGUAGAAUGGCCAACCACAUGUGGCAAACCCGCCAUUCCCCCCACCAUCCACACCCGCAUAGUCAAUGGAGAGCCAGCCAAACCCCACUCCUGGCCCUGGCAAGUGUCCAUGCAGGUUUGGCCUAGCAGUCAGGAGACGCCCAAGUUCUUCCACACCUGCGGAGGAACUCUCAUCCAUAAGAACUGGGUCAUGACAGCUGCCCAUUGCUUCAUACGGUACGCUGACGAGCUCCAGCGCUGGAAAAUGUGCCUGGGCAAACACAACCUGACGUUCACAGAAGACACGGAGCGCUGCUUUGGCGUGACGGGCAUCUACCGCCACGAGGGAUUCAAGUACCCCACGUUGCCCACGGUGGAGUUCGACAUCGCCCUCGUCAGGCUGGGUGGGGAAGUGACCCCCAGCGAUCAGAUCUCCUACUCCUGCCUGCCCUCCCUGGAGGAGGUCCUAGAGGGGGGCAAGAAGUGUUACGCCACCGGCUGGGGAGAUGAGACUGGUGAUUCCAUGAAUGCCAAAGUGGCUGAGACCCUGAACCAGGUGGCCCUGCCGGUGGUGCCCUUCAACACCUGUAAGAAGCUGGACUACUGGUGGUUCCAGGUCAAGACCACCAUGAUCUGCAUGGGCUACACCUUGCCUGACGAGCUCAAGUCUGUCUGUCAGGGGGAUUCGGGCGGUCCCCUGGUGUGCCAGGACUCUGCCAACGCUCCCUGGGAGGUGCACGGUAUCACCAGCUUUGGUCCCAAUGGCUGCAUCAUGGACAAGAAACCCUCUGUGUUCACCCGUGCCUCUGCCUACAUCCCCUGGAUGGAGAAUGUCAUCCGCAGGGACAUGUACAAACAGCACACAUCUGGCUGUGGUGGGCCAAAGGACAUGACUGGCGAGAGUGGCGUGUUGUCCAGCAUGGGACAUCCGGGAAGCUACAGUAACGGUGCCCACUGCCAGUGGCACAUCAAGGUGCCCGACGGUAAACUGGUCCACCUGCACUUCCACAGCUUCUCCCUGGAGGACACCCAGCUGUGUCUCAACGACAAGGUCACCAUCAACGACAGCUUAGCCAGCCUAGGUACCUACUGCAGUCACAUUCCCCCUCAGGACCUAGUGAGUAUCGGUGACAGACUGAGCCUCUAUUUCACCUCCAACAACAAGGUGGUGGACACCGGCUUCAGGGCCACCUGGAAGGCUGUGGACCCCAGCCAGGCUUCAUGUGGAGGUGUCUUCAGCAGUGAGCAGGGAGAACUCACCUCUCCUAACUGGCCUAACAACUACCGAGACCAGGCUGUGUGCACCUGGCGUAUCUCCAUCCCCUCAGCUAAGAACAUCCACAUUAUCUUCACCCAUUUUGAGGUGCAGGCCAUGAACCAGCUGGGACAGUGUGUGGAUUAUGUGGAGAUCUACGGUGGAGCAGGGUUGACCUCACAAGAUCGCUUCUGUGGCUUUGCCCCGCCCACUGAGGUUACUGUCGUCGGCAACACGGCUGUGGUCCGUUUCCUCAGCAACAAAGCCAAUGUGGAGAAGGGUUUCCGUGGUUACUGGACCACCGAUCCCAACUUGUUCCCCACUCUGCCUCCCCCUCCCGCUAACCCAUGGGACAACAUCACUAUCAGCUGGCCUGAGAUGUGUGGCAGCCCUGCUGUACCCCCCAGUAGUGCCACCUUGAGAGUGGUCAACGGGGUAGAGGCUGUGCCCCACUCCUGGCCCUGGCAAGUCUCCAUGCAGGCCAGUCCGUUUAAUCCCAUCCCCUACAUGCAUGGCUGUGGAGGCUCCCUGAUCCACAAGCAAUGGGUCCUGACGGCCGCUCACUGCUUCAUGGCGCCUCUGGGUAACCCCACCUAUUGGCGCAUGUGUCUGGGUAAACACCACAUGAACUCAUCCCGGGACCUCCCUUCCUAUGAGGCCUGCUACAAGGUGGACGGCAUCAUCAGGCACACAGGCUUCGUGUACGAGCAGGACAAGACGGACAUCACUAACGACAUCGCCCUGGUGCAUCUGAGCUCUGAAGUCAACAUGACCAGGGAGAUUAGUCCCGUGUGUCUGCCGGCGCUCGGCGCCCUGAUGCCUGCUGGGAAACCCUGCUACGUCACGGGGUGGGGCGACGAGAAAGGUAGCCUCUUCCCUGUUGUAUCUAAGAAGUUGAACCAGGCAGCCCUGCCCAUCGUCCCAUUCGCAACCUGCAGUAAGCCAGCCUACUGGUGGGACACCCUGAGACCCUCUAUGAUCUGUGCCGGAUACGAGUCUCCAGACGAGCUCAAGUCAGCCUGCCAGGGGGACUCAGGUGGACCCUUCGCCUGCCAACCCUCAGCCUCAGACCCUUGGGAGGUCCACGGCAUCGUCAGCUUUGGCGCCUUCGGCUGUAUCAAGGACAAGAAACCCUCUGUGUUCACCAGAGUGUCCUCCUUCAACGACUGGAUCGGUGAUAACAUGAAGAGGUUCAUCUAUGAGAAGUCGCUAAACUAAAGCGAAAUCACUGAUCUCAGAACUGUUGGGGGAUGUUGAUUUAGUUGCUACCUAACCACAGAUCUAGGAUCAGAUUAUAAUGACUCAUCUCAAAACUGUUUUGUCAGGUUGGAUAGUGUGGGUUGGAGUUGGAACCUAACCACAGAGCUAUGAUCAGAUUAGUUUAACCUGACGCAUAACAUGAUCUAUUAGGUAGGUGGGAAAUGAUCCAAUCCUGUCAGGGCAGAUUGAUCCUUCCGUCUACACUCAUUAAGGUUUAACACUACAGUAUGUAUACACUGCAGACCCCAAGAUGUUUCAUCAUACAUUUCAGUCAUUUAGCAGAUUCUCUUACCCAGUGUGACUUAAAGGAGAAAUUAGGGUUAAGUGCCUUGCUCAUGGGCACAUCGGCUGAUGCAGUAUUUCACCUAGUCGGCUCGGGGUUUCAAACCUGGCCCUGCCACUCCAGUAGGGAGGUCUAAUACACUGCUGCACCAUAGUACCUUAUGGACAUUAGGAUUAUACUGUGUAUACCAGUACAGAUGAUUGAGGGAAUACUUUUUGCAUAAUGUCUGCAUAUCAAACUCCUAUUCUCACCAUGUAGAAAUAUUGUAAGUAAUGUGAUCAUGAGUCAUGUUGGAAUUGCAUUCAUUCUGGAUCUUUGAAUAAAAUCCUUAUUUUGCA